AUUGCUUGGAUGAAGAUGAGAAUGAACCUGUGACUUUUCCAAUACAUUCUCUCCUUCUAACGUGGGAGUAGGGUAAUCGUGGUUCAUUUCCCAUUGACAAAAAUACAAAAUAUCUCAAUUGGCAGACAAAUUCUAAAAUAUCUGCUGGCUCAUGGAAUUAUGGGGCGGUUUCCAUCCAACAAUUUGACUGAGAACCGUGUUGAAUGUUGAAUUCCAAGUCCUCCAAUGAAUGACGAAUCCACAGAGACCUUGACUCUUCUUUCUUUAUCCCUACCCUACCACACCCUACUCCAAUCGGCAACAACCAGCCUCUGCCUCUGCGUAUGGCGUCUGUGGAGAAGCUCACAGCUGUGUCCAAAUUCAUCUUCUUGGUGGCGGUGGUGCUGCUGCAAUGGGGAGCCAGCCAUGCCCAACAACCUUACGUUAACAACAAGCAGCUGGCCUGCGACGACCAAAGUAAUAAUAACAUCACCAAAGGAUUUUACUGCAACGGCCCCAAAUCAUGCGCCUCCUAUAUCACCUUCCGCUCCGACCCUACAUACAACACUGCCGUCAACAUAGGCUUCCUCCUCGGGGCCGACGCCACGCAGAUCGUCUCCCUCAACAACUUCUCCUCCGACUUGGCCACCAUCCCCUCCGACACGCUGGUGCUUGUCCCCGUCAACUGCUCCUGCUCCGGCAACUACUACCAGCACAACGCCUCCCACAUCAUUAGGUAUGACAACGAAACUUAUUUCAUCAUCUCCAACAACACUUACCAGGGUCUCACCACUUGCCAAGCCAUGAUGGCUCAGAACUCCUAUAACUUCCGGAAACUCCAGGUAAACAAUACCCUGCUCGUUCCCCUCCGAUGUGCAUGUCCGACUUCUCGCCAGAGCGCUGACGGUUUCAAGUACUUGAUCUCCUAUAUGGUCACCUGGGGAGAUUCCAUUUCUGCAAUUGCUGCGAAAUUUGGCGCUGAUGAGAAAAGCGUAUUGGAUGCCAACGAGCUCAGUGCUAGUGAUAUUAUAUUUCCAUUCACGCCCAUCCUCGUUCCCCUUACCGCAGAACCCAAAAUCAUUGAAUCGCAGCACACCUCCCCUCCCCCCGCUCCGCCUCCUCCCCCACAGACACCCACCGGAGUUGGAGAAUCCAAAUCUUCCAAAAAAUGGGUGAUCGUGGGUGUCGCCGCAGCGGCCAGCUCGGUCCUCCUCCUCAGUCUCUUUGGGUUUCUAUUUUGCUUCAACAGACGUCGUUCUCGGAAACCGAAACCACUCCUCGAACCCGGGCCGCCGCAGCCUCCACUCCCGAAAUUCUCAGAUUCAUCAGAUUACCCUCUUUCUAUAUCUUCUCAAGGGAUUCGACAUGAAAUUGAAUCCUUGACCCUUUACAAAUUCGAGGACAUCCAAGCUGCCACCGGAAAUUUCUAUGAAUCAAAUAGGAUCAAGGGAUCUGUUUACCGGGCUUCUUUCAAGGAUGAUGAUGCUGCUGUUAAGGUGAUGAAAGGGGAUGUAUCAACAGAGAUCAAUCUACUCAAGAGAAUCAAUCACACCAACAUUAUCCGCCUCUCCGGAUUCUGCCUCCAUGAAGGCAGCUCCUACCUUGUAUACCAGUAUGCAGAGAACGGCUCUGUAAGCGAUUGGCUUCAAUCAAACAAGAAUCAAGCUUCCAAUACCCUGUCGUGGCAGCAGAGAGUUAGGAUUGCAUAUGAUAUAUCUGAUGCACUCAAUUACCUCCAUAACUACACAAGCCCUCCCUACAUCCACAAGAACUUGAAAACCAGCAACAUUCUCCUGGACGGAAACUUCAGAGCCAAGAUAGCCAAUUUCGGAUUAGCUCGAACCUUGGAGAAUGCUAAUGAUGGUGGACUGCAACUCACCAGACAUGUAGUUGGGACUCAAGGAUAUCUGGCUCCAGAGUACAUUGAAAAUGGUGUGAUUACACCAAAGUUGGAUGUUUUUGCAUUUGGGGUCGUGAUGUUAGAGCUUCUGUCCGGACGGGAAGCAGCAGGUGCUGAGAGGAACCGUGAGGGGGAGGUGCUGUCUGCCUCUAUAAAAAGGGUGCUUGAAGGGGAUAAUGUAAGAGGGAAGCUUGAAGGAUUCAUGGACCCUGCUCUCCAGCAUGAAUACCCACUGGAGCUGGCCUUCUCCAUGGCACAACUGGCUAAAAACUGUGUUGAUCAUGACCUGAAUGCUCGCCCCUCCACCGCUGAUGUUUCAAAUACACUUUCCAAGAUUCUCUCAUCUUCCUUGGACUGGGAUCCCUCUGAUGAGCUUGAUAGUUCCACGUCUAUGAGCAGCACCAGGUAAAUCACUUGGUUUAAUUUAUCACUUGGAUGGAGGUUAAGCCCCAAAUGGGAAACAAUAAGAAAAUAAGAGAAAUUUUGCUCUGUAAUAUAUUCUUCAGAAUUUCCCCCUGUGAUGACUUCUUCCAUUCAAAGUACUUUGAUGCAUAAGGAUAAGAUAGCAAUCUUUCUCCAGUUGAAGUGUAAUUUCAAUACAAUAAAAAUUUAGUGAUGUCUUGUUGAGCUAAGUGAUAGAAAUUACAAUGGCCAGUAUUGCACACGUUUUGGGAGAGUAUAUGAUAUAAUCUACAGGAGUACAGAAUCAGAAAAAUGGAUUGAACAACUUCGGGAGGGUAAGAGUCAAGAUGCCAGCCUUUUAAGAACUUUCCAAUAUCUUGCACUAGAAGGGUUUGUAUGGAUUGCUCGACCAACCCAUUGCAGUGGGCUCUGACAACAUUCAACUCUAGAUGAAGAAUCAGGCCCGGCUUCCAACUGUCUUGCAAGCAAAUGCAUUUGAAAGAAAAGUUCUGCAUGCCUCAUUUCUAGUGGAAAAACAUAAAACACAUUAGAACUA